AGGGUUUAGGGAUUUUCACAUUUUUAUAUAAUAAGUUCGCACACACUCAUUAUCGUCUCUUUCUGCUCUCCCAAUCUCCAUAUCCUCCUGCAAGCAGAAGAAGGUCGCAAAGCUUCCAGCGACCUUGAAGCCAUGGUGCACGUUAACGUCUACAGAAACUAUGGCAAGACAUUUAAGAAACCUAGACGUCCUUAUGAGAAGGAGCGUUUGGAUGCUGAAUUGAAACUAGUUGGUGAGUAUGGAUUAAGAUGUAAAAGAGAAUUGUGGAGGGUUCAAUAUGCUUUGAGUCGUAUCCGUAAUGCUGCUAGAGAACUGCUUACCCGUGAUGAGAAGGACCCACGCAGGAUCUUUGAGGGUGAGGCUCUUCUCCGUAGAAUGAAUAGGUAUGGACUUUUGGAUGAAAGUCAGAACAAACUUGAUUAUGUCUUGGCCUUAACUGUGGAGAAUUUCCUUGAACGUCGUCUUCAAACACUUGUGUUCAAGUCUGGUAUGGCAAAAUCCAUUCAUCAUGCUCGUGUUCUCAUCAGGCAGAGACAUAUCAGGGUUGGGAGGCAGGUUGUAAACAUUCCAUCUUUCAUGGUUAGAGUUGAGUCUCAGAAGCACAUUGACUUCUCUCUCACAAGUCCUCUUGGUGGUGGGCGUCCUGGUAGAGUUAAGAGAAGGAACCAAAAGGCAGCUGCCAAGAAGGCUGCUGGUGGGGAUGGUGAUGAGGAGGAUGAGGAAUGAGUUUUAUGCCCCCAGUAGUGCCAUGAUUACAGAAACAGUUGUUUAUUUGACUCGCUUUGUCCAGUUUAGGCCUUAAGUACUGGAUUCUCUGCAUUCUUCUUCUGUUAUAAGCAUACGUUGGUUGCUCUGAUGCCCUUAACAUUAGAAGUUAUAUUUACAAAACCUAACUUUUUGAUGGAAUUUCUUUCCUACACAGUUGUCUUUUGCAACUAAUACUUCAGUUUAGUCAAUCUUGUGACUUAGAAAAGAAUCUCGCAUAUUCUAA